AUGAGGCGGACACACCUCUACCGCUUGCUGCUGCUGCUCUGGGCCCUGGUCGGCGCGAAGUUUGUCUCGGCACAGACUUUCGGUCUCGUCCCAGCCCCGGCCGGGAGCUCCCCCCCCAAUCCCGUGGAGAGCCAGGAGGAUGCACUGGUGGCCCAGCAAUGCAUCGUGAAGCAGAAUGCCUACUUUGUGCUCAACACCCAGGGCACGACCUACAUCCUGUCCAACAUCACUGCGGCCAACGCCACCGUCAACAACUGCUGCUCCGCCUGCCACGACAACACGUCCUGCGAUGCCUGGCAGUGGUGCACGCUACACAGCAGCUGCGGGGCGGGGAACACGACCUUUGCAGCGGGGACCUGUCUCCUGCUCUCCGUCCCCGGCUUCUCAGCCUAUGAGCCGGACGACAUCCACAUGGAGACCACGGACUCGGACAGCGGUCUGAUCGCGGGCGCGCCCUUCAUCAUCACCUCGCGCGAGGUGCCCGGCUACACCCUGGCCAUCGGUUUCGACUUCGGCUCCUCCCACGAUUUCGACUGCGCGAACACGAUCGUCCCCGGCGCCUGCGCGCUGCGCGGCGGGCUGGAGGAUGUGGCGGCGGCCUGCGGCUUCACCAGCGCCUGCACCGGCUUCGCCUACUACCCGCGUGGCAUGGACUACACCAGCUGGGCCAUGGGCAUCCUGAAGGCCGUGCCGCAGCGCGCCGACCUGCAGGAGGAGGCACUAGGCACCGCGCACUCCUCAGGCGGGUCGGCGGGGGCCUCGUCCGAUGCUUCGGGCGCUGUAUCCACGCUGGAGGCCACGUCCUCGGGGCGGGGCGUGCCGCCGGACCUGGCGGCGCUGGCACCGUGGCGCGGGCACGCCGCCGCCACGCCGCCCGCCUCCACCGAGGUGGUGGUCGCGGACGCGGCGGCCCCCGCCUCCUUCACCGCCUCCGACUUCCUGGGCAGCAUGGGGCGCGGCGCCGCGCCCGUCACCGGCUCCACGCGUGACCUGCUGCACGAGUUUGCGCGGCUGCAGGCGCCGCCCGCCGCCGAGGCCUGGCACCUGGCGCCAGAGGAGGUGACCAUCUGCCGGCGGGGGGACGGCACCUUCCUGCAGAUUGGGGCGGGGGCCUUUGGCACGGUGUUCAAGGGCGUGUAUCGCGACCGCCACGUCGUGGCGGUGAAAGUCCUGCACCGCGCCGCUGACGAGCGGCGCAGCCGCGAGUUCGUGCACGAGGUCACGCUGCUCAAGAGCCUGAGCCACCGACACGUGGUCCAGUUCCUGGGCGCAUGCACCUCCGGCCCCAUGGCCAUGCUGGUGACAGAGUUCAUGGAGCUGGGUGACCUCUGGCGGGCCAUGCCCCUCACCGACGCGCAGGGCCAACGCAUCUUCUCCUGGCGCUGCAGGGGCGCGGGCGUGGCGCUGGACGUGGCGCAGGGGCUGGACUACCUCCACGCCCAGAAGGUGGUCCACCUGGACCUGAAGAGCGCCAACAUCCUGCUGUCGCGCUUGGGCACGGCCAAGAUCGCCGACGUGGGCUUCGCGCGCGUGCUCCAAAAGUCCUACCUCUCCGUCCUGUCGGGCCUGGGCACGCUGGCGUGGAGUGCCCCCGAGGUCCUGGCUGGCCGGCGGUGCACUGAGAAGGCCGACAUCUACUCUUACGGCGUGCUGCUGUGGGAGAUCGUGACAGGCGAGGGCCCCGUGCGGGGCCGCAUGCGCAGCCCGCGCACGCCCGAGGAGUGCCCCGUGGAGGUGGCGGCGCUCAUCGCCACCUGCUGUGCAGAGGACCCCUGCGCCCGCCCCACUGCGCCGCAGCUCGUGCAGCUGCUGUCCGCCAUGCAGGGCUGA